UGAUGCUGGUGUAGCUCCUAUGCAGGGAAAUUGUCAGAAUGUUUUUCAACGUGGCUCAGUUUGAAGCUAUACUGAUUGGUCUCCUUUUCGCAAGUUUGACCUCGACUUCUGCUCAGCAGCCUGCCUGUAGAGAGUCAUCUCUUGCGGACAUUGUAUUCCUGGUGGAUGGGUCCUGGAGUAUCGGGAUCCAGAACUUUAAAAAUAUUCAAGAGUUUCUCUAUACCCUUGUGAAUGGAUUUGAUGUUGGACUGGACAAAGUUCGGAUAGGCCUCAUCCAGUACAGUGGAAAUCCUCGCACUGAGUUUUUCUUGAAUUCCUAUAGUGAUAAGAAUGAGAUCCUGCAGUAUCUACAGCAGCUGCCAUACAAAGGAGGAGGAACAAGAACAGGGCUGGGCCUGAAGUUCAUGCUGAACAAGCACUUUGUGGAGUCGGCGGGCAGCAGGGCAUCAAUGGGGGUACCGCAGGUGGCCAUUGUAAUCACCGACGGGCAAUCCCAGGAUAGUGUUGGACCACCCGCAAAAGCACUGAGGGACCGAGGGGUCACCAUAUACGCCAUUGGCAUCAAGGAUGCUGUGGAGAAAGAACUGGAGGAAAUUGCCAGUAAGCCAGCUGGAAAUUAUGUGUACAACGUGGCAGACUUCGCAGCCCUGAGAGGAAUUUCACAGGCUGUCAUCCAAUUUGUUUGUACCAGGGUGGAAGAGGUGACUCGUCAAGUAUCUCAGGUCUCACAAGUUUCCCCAGCUUGCAGGAAAGCCACACUUGCUGAUAUUGUCCUUGUGGUGGAUAGUUCAACCAGUAUAAGUGAUGAGAACUUUGAAGAAGUGAGGGAGUUUCUGUACACCUUUGUUAGUGGCCUAGAUAUUGCAGAAAACAAAGUGAGGAUUGGACUGGUUCAGUACAGUGACGAUCCAAAGACAGAAUUCCUGCUGAAUCAAUAUUCAUCCAAGAAUGACAUUCUGAACUACCUACAGAGCUUGCAACAGAAGAAAGGCAGGACCGAUACUAGAAGGGCCCUGGAGUUUCUGCAGAGCCAACACUUUGUUCCCGCAGCAGGGAGCAGGGCAGCAGACAAUGUGCAGCAGAUUGUGAUCCUGGUCACCGAUGGUGAGUCCAUCACUGAGGUGGAUGAUGCUGCCAACAGACUGAGAAAUAGCGGAGUCACAAUUUAUGUCGUUGGAGUUAAUAUCCAAGGAAAGAAGGAACUUCAAGAUAUUUCCAGCAGACCAGUUCAGAGAUAUACUUAUCAUGUUGCAAAUUUUCUUGGAAUGAAAGAAAUUUCGAAUAAAAUCUUGGAGUCAGUGUGCAAGACAGUUGAAGCCCACAUCCAAGCCUUCGCAGUGCGUUAUGCUGACAUCGUUUUCCUAGUCGAUGGUUCGCAGAACAUGGAAAUCGCAGGAUUCCAGCAGAUCAGAAGCUUUAUCUUCAAAAUCAUUUCUCAGCUCGACAUUGGGGCAAAUAAGUACCGCAUUGGUCUUGCCCAGUACGAUACUAGUGCACGAACUGAGUUCUUACUGAAUACCUACAUAACAAAGAUUCAAGUGGCAAAUUACAUCAGAAGUGACAGUAGCUUUACAUUUCAGGGAGGACCAGGGUUAGCAAUGGGCCGUGCCAUUGACUUUGUGCGCAGGACAUUUUUCAGAGAGUCUGCUGGAAGUCGGAAAGGGGAAGGUGUUCCUCAGAUAGUAAUAAUUGUUACUUCAGCCCCUUCACAGGAUGACAUUACUCUGCCUGCCAGAGCCUUAAAGAAGGAAGGCGUGAAAGUUAUCUCCGUUGGCGUCAGACGUUCCAUCUUGAGCGAGCUCCAGCGUGUGGCUUUUCUGCCUAAUUUUCCAUUUGUUUUCCAGAUUAGUGCUUUUGAUGCAUUGAUUCAGUCAUCUGAACAAAUAUCUAAUGCAAUCAGACAGCUAGUACGAAGAGAGUUUCGAUACAGAGAAAUGAGAAGGCCACCAGUGUGUCAGUCUGCUUCGGUUGCUGAUAUUGUUUUCUUGGUGGAUGAAUCGGACAGCAUUGGGGCUGUAAAUUUCCAAUUGCUGCGUGUUUUCCUCCACAACAUGAUCAAUGCGCUGGAAGUGGAGGCUGAAAGUGUCCACGUUGGUUUAGCUCAGUACAGCGCCAAUGCAUCAGAAGAUUUCAAUCUCAAAAUGUACCUCAGAAAGUCCGACAUCCUCGACCACAUCAAGUCGAUACGGUACGGUGGAGGGGGCAGGAACACAGGCGUUGCUAUUGAUUUUGUACGGAACAAUUACUUCAUGGGGCAGGCAGGCAGUCGUGCUAGGAAAGGAUUUCCUCAGAUCCUGAUUGUAAUCACCAGUGGCAAAUCCCAGGAUGCAGUCAAGGACAGUGCAGCUACCCUGCGUCGUUUGGGCGUUACUCUGUAUGUCUUGGGAAUCCAAAAUGCCACUGAGAGCGAGCUGAAGAAAAUUGCAUCACAUCCUUCGAAGAAUUACGUUUCUACGGUUGAGGACUUCACUCAACUGUCAACCAUUGAAGACAUGCUUCAGAAGAAGAUUUGCAAUGAGAUCAUCAAACAAACCACAGUCCAAUCUGUCCGAGUAAAAAGGCUCAAACAAGGCUGUGUCGAAACAGAAGAAGCCGAUAUCUUUUUCCUCGUUGAUGGGUCAGACAGCAUAUCCCCUGAGGAACUCAUGGAUAUGAAAAGGUUUCUGGUAGAUGUAGUGAAUGUAUUCAGUAUUGGUGCAGACCAGGUACGUGUGGGAGUUGUCCAGUAUGCAGAUAGUCCGCGGAUUGAAAUUGGAAUCACUCAGCAUACCAGCCAAACAGAUUUGGAGAAAGCGAUUAAGCAAAUCUCUCAAAUGGGUGGAGGCAUGGCAACUGGCCGUGCAUUAACCUACAUGAGGAAUCUUCUCAGCAAUGCUGUGACAAGUCGCAGACAGAGGGUGAGGCAUAUCCUGAUCACUAUCACAAGUGGACAAUCAGAUGAUCCUGUGAGAAGCCCUGCCGCAGAGCUGAGGAGACAGGGAGUAGAUACUUUUGCAAUAGGAGUGGGAAACACAGAUGAAUCUGAACUUCUGCAAAUUGGAGGAACUAGAGAAAGAAUCUUUUAUGUCACCAACUUUGAUGCUUUGAAAGAUGUGAAGAAUAACAUUGUACGGGAACUCUGUUCUAGGGAAGCCUGCAGGAAGCUGGAUAUGGCUGAUAUCAUCUUCCUAAUUGAUGGAUCAGGCAGCAUAAACACCGAGGAUUUCAGGAAAAUGAAGACAUUUAUGGAUGCCAUUGUGAACAAGACCUCUAUCGAAGACAAAAAUGUGCAUAUAGGUCUGAUACAGUUUGCCUCAAGCCCCAAGCUAGAGUUUGAACUUAAUGUACAUUCAAGGAAAGCUGACCUACUCACAGCGAUCAGUAACAUGCAGCAGCUGGGAGGGGGGACUCUCACAGGUCGUGCACUGAGAUUUGCAGUGGACUAUUUUGAUGAAGCUAAAGGGGGUCGCCCUAACGUUCCACAGUACCUCAUAGUGAUAACUGAUGGAGAGGCACAGGAUGAGGUCCUUCAACCAGCCAAAGCCCUAAGGGAUAAAGGAGUCACUGUGUUCACCGUGGGCGUAUUCAAUGCUAACAGCACUCAGCUUCUGGAAGUUGGAGGAGCUUGGGAUAAAGUUCACUAUGUGGAGAACUUUGAUCUGCUGGACACCCCAGAAAAACAGAUCCUCUGGGAGAUCUGCAGCCAGCCUGAAGUUUGCUUGCGAACUGAAGCAGCAGAUAUUCUUUUUGUGAUUGAUGGAUCAGGCAACGUACAGCCAUACGAUUUUGAGAGGAUGAAAAGAUUCGUGAUGACAUUGGUGAACAGCUCAGAGGUGUCCCCCAGCAGGGUUCGGUUUGGUGCCAUACUCUACAAUAAUGACCCUGACAUUCAAUUCCAGCUCAGUCAAUUCCGGAGCAAAAACGAGGUCCGCCAAGCUAUUAGUCAAAUGCAAAUGAAAGAAGGACCCACUUUCACUGCACGUGCACUUCAACAGGCCAGAAAACUUUUAACCCUAGAGAAAGGGAGUCGGCAGAUGGCAGGGGUUUCGCAGUUUGUCAUCGUGAUUACUGACGAAGAAGCCGCGGAUUCAUCAGCAGUGCCAGGGGUGGCGGAAGACAUCAGAGAGGAUGGAGUGACCGUCCUUGCUGUGGGAAUAGCAGAAGCCAACAAAAGAGAGCUCGAGGCUAUUGGAGGCUCGAGGGAAAACUACUUUUAUGUUCAAGACUUUGACGCCUUGAAAAACAUCACGAGGGAUCUCUUGUUGCUCGUUUGUACAAACACAAAUCCAGAAUGUGAUCUUCAACAGGCAGACAUUGUCUUUUUAGUAGAUGGAUCUGAGAGCAUAAUGGCUGAAGACUUCAGUUACAUUAAAUCUUUCAUGAAAAGCAUGGUUAGCUUUUUCAGUAUUGUCCCCAGCAUGUUCCAGUUUGGUCUGGCUCAGUUCAGUACGUCGUUUCGAAAAGAAUUUGACCUGAAGGAUUUCCCAGACAAAAAGACAUUGAUGGCUGAAAUUGAAAAAAUGGUUCAACUGAAUCAAGGAACUCGGAUUGGACCAGCACUGAUGAACGUGACCAGGCUGUUCACGAGAGAGGCAGGUAGUCGGAAAGCUUCGAAUGUGCCCCAGUUCCUGGUGGUGAUCACUGAUGGAAGGUCGAAAGAGAGUGUGAUGGGCCCAGCUGAUAAUCUGAGGGACAAUGGGAUUGAAAUUUUGACUGUAGGGGUAGGGCAGGCAGAUCUGAAACAGCUUCUCCAAAUCUCUGGGUCACGAGACAGGAUCUAUUUUGUUGACAGCUUUCGAGAUUUGGGCAAGAUUAAACAAAGGAUUGUCCGCAGCCUUUGUGAGGAUCAGCCAGGAGCAGGAUGUACCAUUGAUGUUGCUGUGGGAGUUGACCUUCCCAGUCAAGCACGCUUCUCAAAUGCACUAGGUAGUCAGCUGAACCUGCAGAUGCAGCAACUGGACAGCUUAAUCCAAAGAAUGACAGAUUUGCACAACAUCAGCUGCAUAGCAGGUCACAGUUUCAAUGUCCGGGCAGGAUUUCACAUCACCGAUAGAGUCGGAAGAAUACGCUUUGAAUCAGACUUCGAAAGCUAUAAUUUAGAUGUCUUAAGAAAUGCGAGAUCAUUUCUGCUGUCAGCGAUGGACCAGAUCAGUUUGACUGCUGAUUAUUUGUUGUCGUUUGCGAACAAAUUUGAGCGGGAGUCGGGUAAAAAUGUGAAGGUGAUAGUGAUGUUUACGAACGGAGUAGCGGACAGCAUGAAUAGACUUAAGGAAGCGUCAAACAGACUCCGGCUUAAUGGUGUCAAUGCACUAAUCACAGUUGCUCUGGAAAACACUGCAAAUGUUGAUGAGCUUCAUGAACUGGAUUUUGGCAGAGGAUUUGGCUACAACCGCAAACUAGCCAUUGGAAUGCAUGAUAUCGGGGGUGUAUUGCACACUGAGAUUGACACGGUUGCAGAAAGAGAAUGCUGUGAUAUAAUUUGCAAGUGUUUUGGACAAAUGGGUAAACAUGGACAACAAGGAGAGCAAGGAAUUAAAGGGAUCUCAGGACCACUGGGAGCAUUGGGUUACGCGGGCGAAGAUGGAGGUAUGGGUGAAAGGGGCCCUCCAGGCAUUAUAGGACCUCGAGGAGCUGAAGGAUGCCAAGGCACCAGGGGCCUGAUGGGAGAAAGAGGGUAUCGAGGCGAGAAGGGUGAAACAGCUGACAAUGGUGCACCUGGGACAAAUGGAGAGCAGGGGAAGCCUGGAAUUCCUGGAAUUGCUGGACCAAAAGGGGAUAAUGGAAAUACUGGAAGUAAAGGCCCACCUGGAUUCAAAGGUGAGCGUGGAGAUGUUGGAAUACCAGGUGACCCUGGCACCCCUGGUCAAGAGACUUAUGCCAGAGGAUAUCCAGGUGAAAGAGGAAACCCAGGUGUACCGGGCGAACGUGGAGGAGGUGGCACACCAGGCUUCCGUGGUAGUAAAGGAAAUAAUGGGCGGCCUGGCCGGAGAGGACUUGUGGGUAAAACGGGUGUCAGGGGACUUUCCGGCUACCCAGGAUCCAUUGGGCCCUCUGGACUCCAUGGCCAACAGGGAUCUGCAGGAACUGUUGGACUGGAAGGAGUAAAAGGAGAGCGAGGAUUACCAGGGAUUCCGGGUGCUGCAGGAUUGUUUGGCUUCAAGGGUGCCAAAGGUAACCAAGGACUCCAAGGGGGAAGGGUACGUGGAACAAUCUCUUAG